AUGUUAUUAAAUGAAAUCAAAAAACUUAAUAUAAAUUCUGAAAAUGAAUUACCUAAAAACUGGCUUGAACAAGAAGAACAAGAAUCAUUAACUAAUAAUAAAAAUCAACAAGAAAUUGUUGAAUCAUUUUUAAAAAAUAUGCCAUUAAACUCUAAUAUAAUAAUUAUAACAAUUAAUUGUA